GUGUUGGCCCACGGCGAUAACGGAUAAGAGAGGGAUGUUUAUGGUCGCACGCAAAUUUCAGAUUAAAGCAGCGGCUGAAUUGAAACCCAGAAUUUUCAAAUGGAUAUUCAAGUUCGAAUUGGAGGCAUAGCAUCACAGAAGCUUUGGUCGAGAAAACCGAAAACCCCUUCUUCAUACCUUUCCUCGCCUCUCAAACCUUUCUGUAAGGGAAGAGGCUCUCAGCAACCCCAACAAAACGGUGACGCCAACAACGACAAUAACAGAGGUGAUAAAUUCUCUACAGACUGGGACAAAGCCUGGUCAAGCUUCAGGAAGCAGGGGAAAAAGACGCUCUUCUCACAGUUCUCUCCGGACAAGUAUGUGACCUGGAAUCCCAGGCGUUCAAACUACCCACCGUCCGAGGAGGUUGAUCCAAUCAAGAGAACAGAGAGGACAAACCUCAUGCUAUGGACCAGUCCAGGAUUUACUCUAACUGUGGCUAUUAUAAUAGUCACAUUUCUUUUAAUCUACACCAUUCUCGCACCAGUCAAGUGAUCCCAUUUGGAACCCUGUUUUUGUCUUAGAUAUCAGGGCCUGUGCUGUAAAUUACAAUGUUGUUAUAAGGGAUAGCCAAAAAGGAGGGUGUUGUAAAUUGUAAAUGAAUGCAAUAGCUUCCAUUGUUUUUCCAUCUGUUUCUUUAUCCAAAAGUUUUGACA